GAACAAGCCUGUACACUCCUUACCAAAUGCCGCGUAAAACCGCACGUAACGUUCUGCAUUAUUUUAGAUAAAGUUUUUCUGAUGCAAGGUGUAUUAUAAUGAGUUAUUUUGCCCUGUCUUUUUUAUUAUUUUUUACAUAUUAUUUUUGGGUAAAACGCAGAGCUCGGCAAUUUCCUUUUUAACACAGCCGUCCAAUCACAGUGGAGAAGAAGCGGGCAAACACUACAUUGACCAACAGAAAAUGUGACACAAGAAUCUAAUUUGUUAUUAAGCGUGCCGUGAUGACGUCGUUGGGAAGUAGUAGUUCCUCCACAACGGAGUACACUGUACGAGUCCCUAAAAACACCAAUAAAAAAUACAACUUAAUGGCUUUCAAUGCAGGUGACAAAGUCAGCUGUUCCGCAUGGACUCAGGCCCGUAUGGAGCGGGACAUGAGUAAUCGACGGAUAUACGGAGAGGAUGAGAGUCAGGACGGUGCAGCAGGCAGUGAGUUUGGAAAGAAACAGAGAGAGGAGUCACGGAGGAAGAAGUACGGCAUUGUUACAAAGGAGUUCAAAGUGGAGGACCAGCCCUGGAUCCUUAAAGUGAAUGGCAAGGCAGGAAAAAGAUUCAAGGGUCUGAAAAAAGGCGGAGUAACAGAAAAUGCUUCCUACUACAUAUUUACGCAGUCUGCCGAUGGUGCCUUUGAGGCGUUUCCCGUGCAUGCCUGGUACAACUUCACACCACAGGCCAAGCACCGUACACUCACAGCCGAGGAGGCAGAGGAAGAGUGGGGCAGGAGAAACAAAGUGGUAAACCACUUCAGUAUCAUGCUUCAGCGUCGUUUCCGGGAGCAAGAGCGAGGAGACGAGGAUGAGGAAGAGGGAGAGAAAGGGGGAAAGAAAAAGAAAAAGAAGGGAGGAGACCUGCGCAUACAUGACUUGGAGGAUGACUUGGAGAUGAGCAGCGAUGACAGUGACGGCAGCAUGGGAGAGGAUGAUGAGGGCAAAACAAAAGCCAAGAAGGAGAAGGGUCCCAAAGGCAAGGGAAAGAAGAAGAAAAAGGGCGGUGAUCUAGAAGGAAUUGAGGACAGUGAUGAUGGGGACUUUGAGGGAGUGGAAGUGGACUACAUGUCUGAUGAGAGCAGCUCUGAAGACGAGGAGCCAGAGAAGACGAAGCCAAAUAAAGGAGAAGAUGUACCUAAAGGGAUUGAUGAAGCUUCAGAUAGUGAGGAAGAGAGCGAGGAGGAGAACAAGAAUGAGGAAGAUGCCAAAGAGGAAGAAGAGGAGGAAGAUGAGAAGAAGACACCAGUUCAGGUGGAAAAGAAGAAAAAGAAAGACAGUAGUGGCGAAUCGGACAGCUCAGAGGAAAGUGAUAUUGAUGGAGAGGCAGCUUCAGCAUUGUUUAUGAAGAAACGCACACCUCCCAAGCGAGGGGGCGGCCGUGGCUCAGCAGGUAGUUCAAAAACAGGAAGCCGACCUGGGACACCUUCUAUUGACAAUGCUGCCACUUCCAAUACUCUGCGUGCCGCUGCCAACAAACUGGAGCAAGGUAAGCGGCAGACUACCAUGCCCAGCUCAGAGACUCCAGCUGCUAAGAGAUUGAAAAUGGAGCCCAGUCCACAGAGCUCUUCAGGAAAGAGUACUCCACAGCCCGCAUCAGGGAAAUCCACCCCCUGCUCCAGUGACGUGCAACUGACAGAGGAUGCCGUACGCAGGUAUCUCAUCAGAAAGCCCAUGACCACUAAAGACCUUCUAAAGAAGUUCCAGACUAAGCGUACAGGCCUCAGCAGUGAGCAGACAGUCAAUGUGCUCGCUCAGAUUUUAAAGAGGUUGAACCCUGAGAGGAAGAACAUCAACGACAAGAUGCACUUCUACCUCACAGAAUGAGCUCAGCAGAGAAGGGAAGAGGAGUGUCACUGACUGCAGCUGCUGCUGAAGCUCAUCACCAGCAGCCUCUCCCUUAAGAAUAAAGUUAGUUUAAGACCUGCUUGGUCAACAGUCACUUUUCUUAGUGUCAUUUUGCUUUUUCCAACAAGCAAUUGUAAAAGUAGUGCUUGAAUUCUGUAACUCAAUAACAGAGAAGUGCACAGAAAAGUAGCAAAAGACAAAGGAAAUAAUAACAGAGAGUAGAACUCUAUAUAAAGCUACAAAAAGUUUGGAAAAUUAAGACAGAUUCAUGGCUCUUAGUGUUGAGCAUUUGUAAUUGAAUAUCACAGAGUGGUCUCUCAGCAAAACCUGUUGAAUUUUGAGAAGGAUACAGAGAGGAUGCAAGUUCAGGGAGAGGGUGGUAUCAUAAUAAAUAUCUAAGUAAAAUA